AUGGAGAAGAGGGCUCCGCUUGAAAAGGUUUGUGUCGCGGAUACGGUGGUACAGGCGUGCCUGGCGCAUGCCUUUACGACGGAACAAGAAGAGGUGAUGGGGUUGCUACUUGGGGAGGUCACCGUGCAUCACGGUUGUGGUACGACGGCUGCUAUUUCUUCAGAGACGGUGAGGGUGGCUGCAACCGUCUCUCCUGCAAUUUCCACAGGUGCUAAAUCUUUCGGUGGGAAUGUGAAUGCUCCAACACCAACACCAACACCAACGUCACCGUCCACCGUUCGUAAGCGUGCCAAUGUGUGGGGUGCUUGGAUUUUGCAGCGCAGUGUGAGGCGUGCCGACCGUGUUGAAAUUGCCCCAGAGAUGCUUGCCGGUGCCUCCGAUGAGGCGGAGCGCUACACAAAACAGGUGGGACAUCAUACCCGCGUGAUUGGGUGGUACCACAGCCACCCCCGCAUCACGCCAUACCCGUCGCAGGUUGACCUUCGCUCCCAGGGCUCGUACCAGCAGAUGGAAAGCGGUUGGGUUGGUUUGAUAUUUAGUGUUUUUUACAGCGACGCGACGAACAGGAAUGGCGUUUCUAUUCACUGCUUUCAGACAGGUCCUGGCGAAACGCAUGAGAAGGUUGAGAUUGAGAUUGUUCCUGUUGGAAGUAUGCCGCUGAGGUCAUUACCACCGUGCGAAGUUACGCACCGUCUUCUUCAUGUAUUUCGUUCCGAGGUCAAUGCUGCAGUGGAGCUGGUUAGGCGGCGUUGCAAGGAUGCGCCUGACGCAAUGGCGGCAGCCUUUGCCCUACAAGAGGUUCAACUGUAUACUCUUGAGAAGUUGGUUGCGCAGCCUACCUUGAGGCAUCUAAGAGCCUGUAUUUCCUAUAUGGAGCGUGAAGUGAAGCGUUUGGAAAAGGAGUUGGCUGCACAAAAUUCUUGA